UGUAGCAGAGCUUGCUCUAUUCAGCUUUGUCUUUCCGACAGGGCUCAGCACAUAGUAUGCUUAGGCAUGUUCUUUCAAUGAAUGAAGAUUCUUCCACUUGGCUUUGCUGCCUCCUUCAUGUUUUGCCACACUUUCUCACUUGAGAUUGUGAAAGUCUCUGUGUCAUAUCUUCUUAUGGAGGACAUUGCUGUGGACUUUGCAAAAUAGCAGAUCUGGUUUGACAAGGUGGUAUACCAUCACCAGAGAGGAUUCAAGAGUCUUCUUCCUCCAUGCUGAAAGAGACAGAUAUCUAUUUUUACAGCUGCUGAAGGCAUUAUAGAGGGAUAACACAUACCAGAUGAAAUACGAAGCAAUAGCUUUAAAGCCUUGAGAGCAACAGUACUUGGCGGCAUCAACCCAACUUGGCUUAACUCCGGCUCACCGAACCAAAUCCCAGAUUCUAUGCUUCCUGGGCUUGCUAUACCUUUCUGAUCCUGGAAUCCUCUUCAAUUCCAGCUAGAUGCUGCGUCAGGCACUUCGCAGAUUUGGUCAAAAGCUGGUACAUAGACCUCCGUUCAAGGAACCAGUGCCUGAGGAUGACCCACAGAGAAGACUGAGCACUCUGGAUUUAGUGGCCCUGGGUGUAGGCCGCACAGUAGGUGUAGGUGUGUAUGUCCUGGCUGGUGAGGUGGUCAGCAAUCAAGCAGGACCAUCCAUUGUGAUCUGCUUUUUGGUGGCCGGCCUAUCUUCUGUGUUGUCUGGGCUGUGCUAUGCUGAGAUUACUGCCCGAGUUCCCCUCUCUGGCUCUUCAUAUCUCUACACUUAUGUCACUAUAGGUGAACUCUGGGCUUUUAUCACUGGCUGGAACCUCAUCUUCUCCCUUGUGGCAGAUACAGCCAAUGUAACCCGGGCUUGGAUUUUAGCUUUUGCCAAUCUGCUUGGGAACCAGAUCUCUCAGACCCUGCGUGAGAGCAUCUUACUGUAUGUUCCCCAAGUCCUUGCAGAAUAUCUAGUCUUCUUUGUUGUGGGCCUUGUGUUGUUGCUCAUGGAAUUGCAGACUCUGAACCAUAGUCAGUUUUUCCUGAUUACCAAAGUGAUCACAUUGGUGAAACUUUUGGUUCUUGGUUUUGUCAUCAUCUCUGGAUUCAUUAAGGGGGAUCUGCACAACUGGAUGCUCACAGAAGACGACUACAUAAUGGCUGGACUCAACGACACCUCGAGCUUGAGCUCCCUGGGCUCUGGAGGAUUUGUGCCCUUCGGCUUCGAGGGGAUUCUCCAUGGAGCAGCUACCUGUUUCUAUACAUUUAUUGGUUUCCACAAUAUUUUUGAAAGAGUUGAAGAAGCCCAGAAUCCCCAGCAUUCAGUCCCCAUGGGCAUUGUGAUUUCACUGUUCAUCUGCCUUCUGGUAUAUUUUGGUGUCUCUUCAGCACUUACACUUAUGGUGCCCUACUACAAGCUUCAACCUGGGAGCAUCUUGCCUGAGGCAUUUCUCCAUAUUGGCUGGGCUCCUGCCUACUAUGUUGUAGCUUUUGGAUUCCUCUGUAGUCUUUCAUCUAGCCUCUUGGGCUCUAUGUUACCCAUACGUCAGUUGAUACACAAGAUGGCAAAGGAUGGCCUAUUGUUCCCUGUUCUUGCCAGGAUAGAAACUGGCACAUAUGCUCCCAUCGUGGCUACUGUGAUCUUUGGCAUUACUGCACCAGUCAUGGCAGUCUUCUUUGGACUCACUGAUCUUGUGAACUUCAGGUCACUUGGGUCCCUGCUAGCUUACUCCCUGGUGGCUCUUUGUGUUCUCAUCCUCAGGUACCAGCCUCAGAGGAGGAAUGAGGAAAAUGAAGCAGAGGAGCAGGAGGAGAAUGGACCUGCAGCAGAGAGGCUAACUCUACAGGGACUACUUUUUCCAGGCAGCUCCACCCCUACUCCACUCUCUGGCCGGGUUGUCUAUGUUUGCUCCUCACUGCUUGCUCUGCUGCUCACUCUUCUUUGCCUGGUGCUGGCCCAGUGGCCAGUCCUGCUUUCUGGAGACCCAAUGUGGAUUUCAGUGGUUAUGGUGCUCCUGAUGCUCAUCACUGGGAUCACUGGGGUCAUCUGGAGACAGCCUCAGAGCUCCAGUCCCCUUUACUUUAAGGUCCCUGCCCUGCCUCUUGUCCCACUACUGAGCAUCUUCAUGAAUGUUUACCUUAUGAUGCAGAUGACAGCUGGCACCUGGGCCAGAUUUGGUGUCUCCAUGCUUAUUGGGCUUGCUAUCUAUUUCAGCUAUGGGAUCAAGCACAGUGUGGAGGGAGUUGGAAUGGCUAACUCCACUUAAGCUUUGGAGAUAUAUUCAGAAUAAGUUCAAUGGUGGUGAUGGAAAAUGUGGGACAACAGAAGCUUUAUGAGAUGGAGUCAUGGUGUCAAAACAUAACCAAGGUGAAAAAUUAGAGCUGCUGUAGAGAAACAACUAGAAACCCUACUUCUCAUCUUGCCUAAAGCUCACCUGAGGAUAUUGUUAAUCAUCUGACAACAUGUUUCCUUCGACUGCCUUAUUCAUUCCCACAUCCAAUGCGUUACUGAGUCCUGCUAAGUUUACAGGAGAAAUCGCACUCAUACCUGCGCCAUUCUUUCCAAUUACACAGUUCUGGUCUUCGUUCAGGCCUUCUAUCAGUUUGGACUAUUGCAACCACCUUCUGGUUUGGUUGCUGGCCACUAUCACUCACUCCACCCCAUUUUAUCCUCAACAUUGGUAUCAGAUCUUUCUUCCUAAAAGAAUAUAUUACCAUCCCUGCCUCCACUUUAUUUCUCCACUGACUGUAAAAUAAAUCAUCUUGGCAUGAUGUAAACAGCUCUUCACAGUCCUAUUCGUUUGCCCUAGUCUGCCAAUCUCCUCUCUUUAUCUCCACCACAGUACCUCUGACGAUGUUAUUCUUCCACGUGCUGCUUUUCUUUGGGUUUCUGAACAAGCAACCUCGUUUUCCUACAAUGUCCUUAAUUAAGAACUCUUAAUUCACCCACCUUUUAAACCCAGUUCAAACAUUUUCUCCUUCUGUGAGGUCCUCCAAAAUCCCUAAUAUCAGAGCUUUGAUAAUACUUCAGUGACUGUGCUUUUCACAUGUAUAUAUAAUUAAUACAUGUGCAUGUCUAUAUUCCCUAUGACAAUGAGACCUCCCAGGCCAAGUUCACUGUAAUGUUCCUGUUGUAUCCCAGCACUUAUCGCAGUGCCCAGAACACAACAGACACUAUGUAAAUGUUAAUGCUAAUUUGAAAUGUAAAACCUAAAAUGUUAAAUCAAACUAAUUAUAUAAUCCCAAUAAAUUCGGAAAUAGUAUAAAUUUUCCUAAUAAAAAGAAAUCAGUGUUACUAAA